AUGCUUGUGGCAGGUGUGUCACCAGCUCUGAUGAAAGAGAACAGGUAUAAAAGAGCUGGUCCAGGCUCCUGGGUCACACCGACACAUCCAUCCCCUGCAAAGCCUCCUCGGAGACCAGGGUACCUCCGGAGCUCAGCCAUGUCCUCCAGCAGCCACAGCCACGCCGGGAGCCGGCAGUUCCCCGGGAAUUGCACCUUGGAGAAGGCCCUGCAGACCGUGGUGGAUGUUUUCCACCAGUACAGCACCCGCCAGGGCGAGAUCGACCUGCUCAGCCUCGGCGACUUCAGGACGCUGCUGAAGGAGCAGGCGCCGUCCUUCCUGGGGAGCUGCGACAGGAACCAGGCUGGGUACUUGGAGAAGCUUUUCCAAGAGACCGACCUGAACAAGGACCAGGAGCUGAGCUUUGAGGAGUUCACCAUCGUGCUGAGCAAGGUGGCCGAUGAUGCUCACCGCAUCAGCCACGGCUCCGAGCGCUGCGGGCCCGACCAGGACUGAGCCUGGGCACGGGAACCCGGCACAGGGAAGCUUUGGGAAUUUGGGAAUUUUUGGGAAUUGGGCUCUGGCUGCUCCCAGCCCGCUCGGGACAGCCCCGCUCACGGCACAAUAAAGCAUCGCUUGAGAUUCUCCGAGUAUUUCCCGUCUCCUCACUCCUGACCCGAGGGGCAGCGCCUGCGGGGUCACCCCGGGGUGACAAAGCUGCUGUUCCCCUGCAAGGACACCUGCACAGCCACCAGAGUCACCAGCGCCUGUCCCUGUGACCCCCAGCACUGCCCCUUGUCCCCACAGAGCCACCAGCGCCUGUCCCUGUGACCCUCAGCACUGUCCCUUGUCCCUGCAGAGCCACCAGAGUCACCUGUCCCUGUCACCCUGUGACCCCCAGCACUGCCCCUUGUCCCCACAGAGCCACCAGCGCCUGUCCC